AGGAGAAUCAGAAAGUCACUCAGGAGAUGAAAGAGGAAGAGAAUCAGGAGCAGACUCAGGAGAUGAGAAUGGAUGUCAACCAGGAAGAGGCUCAGGAGAGGAGAAAAGGGGAGAACCAGGAGGAGAAGGGAAUUAAUGUCAACCAGAAGGAGGUUCAGGAGAUGAAAAUUGACGUCCACCAGGAGAAGGCUCAGGAGAGGAGAAAGGAAGAGAACCAGGAGGAGGCUCAGGAGAGGAGAAAUGAGGAUAGUCCAUUGGAGACUGAGGAGGAUCACCUGGAGACUGAGGAGGAUCACCUGGAGACUGCAGGAGUGCUGAUGAGUGUGGAGCUGACCCUCCACGGCACCUAUGAGCCACACACGCCACCAACACAGCGGGGCCUCUCACACACAUUCGUUUCCAUGGGGACUUCUCGGCCAAUCCCGGAGAGCGUCCCAUCUUACCUGCCGAACGACAACAUCAACCAUGCUGGGUCCCCUCCUCCUCCUCCUCCUCCUCCUCCUCCUCAGUCCUCUGUGAUACGCCUGGCCUAUGAACUGGAGGCAACAACCCGGGUCUGUGCCACGGACAUAUACAGCCUGGUCUCACAGAAGGCUCUGUUGGUUUUAGCCCUCAACACCCCGUCCAAGCCUCCUCUGGUGCUGUCUUACCUGAUCCGGCCUACGGGAGAUACCGAUGGGCCGGUUUCUGAUGUGCCAGACACUGGGUCCUACCAGCAGGUGAUGGGGUUUGCCUUGAGAAAUACCGACAAGAUCCACCAAAGCUAA